AUGUUAUGGAAGUUCUUUAAUGUCAAUCACCAAACCGUGCCAAAGGCCCUCAAGAUGGUCCUGGUCGUGCGACAAGACAUACGUUUAUCUAAGGGAAAAACAUCCAGUCAGUGUGCCCAUGCAGCAGUCAUGUGUUAUGAGAGGAGUCUCUCUUGCGGUAGGAAGAAUUUUUUGGAUGCAUGGAGAGUUUUAGGACAACCUAAGAUUGUCCUGCGAAUAGAAAAUGCCCAACAAAUGGAAAAACUCUAUAGUCUUGCAACAUCUCAGGGAAUUAUUGCUGUUCUUGUACACGAUGCCGGACGUACAGAAAUUCCAUCAGGAACAAUGACCGUCUUGGGAUUAGGACCAGAUUGUAAUGAUAAAUUGAAGGAAAUUGUGGGUAAAUUAAAGGUUUUAUAGUCAUUAUCAAUAUUGGGAAAUAUGAUUUCAUAAUCAUAAUUAGUCAAAUAAAAUGUAAUAUAUUAAAUUGCAAUAAAUAUUCUUUAAGAAUU